UCAAAAUGUGGAUAUCAUGACAAUUCUAGAAACCAGGGUACAAAAGAGUAAAAUGGGGAAAAUUUGUGCUGAUUAUUUCUCUGAAUGGAAAUACUUGGAGAACUAUGAUAAGUCCUCUAAUGGUAGGAUCUGGGUUUUCUACAAGCCGGAUCUGAAGGUUACUGCUGAGAUAACAGAGGAAAAUUUCAUGCAUUUGAAGGUUAGGGGGAGAGUGGAUUGUCAGAUUACUAUGGUUUAUGGUUCUAAUGAUGAAGCUGUUAGGCGCCUCACUUAUGCUAAAAUGCAGUCUAUACAAGUAAGUAAUGAGGCUUGGCUAGUUCUUGGGGAUUUCAACUCAAUACUUGCUGCAUCCGAAGCUUCUAAUGGAACACAUUCAGGGAGUGACACAUUCAGGGAGUGACACCCCAUUUAGAUUCUUUAAUUUUUGGUGUGACCACCCCAGCUUUCAAGAAAUCUUGCAAGAAGUCUGGAGUACAAAGAUUCUUUAGUGUUGCAAUAGUUAUGGAAGUUUUAUCUUGUAUAUUGAACAAAGGUGCUGCUUCUUUUCUCAAUAGCUAUGGAAGUGUUAUCUUGUAUAUUGAACAAAGGUGCUGCUACUAGUGAGUUCCCAUACCAUCCUAGAUGUAAGAAGCUACGCAUAACACACCUUGUGUUUGCAUAUGAUCUACUGUUGUUUUCCAAUGGUUCUACGAAAGCACUGGAGAGUGUAAGUGGUCUGCUAGAUAAAUUCUACAGACUUUCAGGCUUAAGGUUCAAUCCAGAGAAGAGCCAAUUAUUCUGCGCAGGGAUUGAAGAGGCAGAGCAUGCUAGACUGACUCAGUUAGCUGGGUUUCAGAAAGCUACAUUACCCGUCCGUUAUCUGUGAGUUCCUCUUAUAGCAGGGAAACUUACUACAAGUGAUUGCCAAGUGUUAGUUGAGAAGAUCACAAAACGCAUUUCUGGAUGGAAGCCUAGACUGCUCAGCUAUGCAAGUAAACUUCAACUCACACUUCUGUCUUGAGUAGUCUAUCCUACUUUUGGAUGAAUGUUUUCCUACUGCCACUAUCCAUCAUAAAGGAGAUAGAGCAAAUUUGUUGCAAGUUUCUUUGGGGUAUAGAUGAAGAAUCCACGAGGAAAAAAGCAGUAAUGGCUUGGGAUUUAUUAGCCAUUCCAAAAAAAGAAGGGGCGCUAGGCAUUCGUUGUCUAAAGACGUGGAAUAUAGCUUGUACUACGAGACAUAUAUGGGCUCUGCUUGACAAAGAGGGGUCCUGGUGGGUUGCGUGGAAUUAUCAGUAUCGUAUUAAACACCUUACACUCUGGGAAUUAAGAACAUGUAGUACUGCUUCUUGGGUUUUGAAGAGAUUGCUAAAGGUCAGGGAUAAGGUGGAAGGUUUAUUUCGCUGCUAGGGGACACAAGUUUUUUGGAAUGAUAAGAGAAUGCUGCGUUAUUCUGUAAAGCAGGUUUGGCAGAAUUUACAGCCGGCUAGACCUCUAGUGCCCUGGUAUCAGCUUGUAUGGGGAAGACACUCUCUUCCAAGGCACAGUUUUUUUAGUUGGAUUGUAACACGUAACAGGAUCACCACUCUGGAUCAAUUGAAGAGUUGGGGGAAGGUGUUGGAUGCUAACUGUUUGCAAUGUUUUUCUCAAACAGAGAAUAGAGACCACUUGUUUUUCCAAUGUCAAUAUACAUUACAGGUGUUGAAGGGUUGUAUGCAAAUGUGUAAUCUGAGAUGUCCCCAGCUAGUCAACUAUGAAGAUUACUUGAUGUGGGCAGUGAAGAACUUCAAAGGCAAGAAGGCAUUAGCUAUGGUUGGUCGAUUGGUUUGGAAUUUAGUAGUAAGCAUGAUUUGGAGGGAACGUUGUGUCAAACUGUUUGUAGUAAAUCAAUGCAGUAUGGGGAGUUGAUUCAGACAGUUCGCAGUACGAUUGAGCUGGCCAGGCAUGGAAAUGCAUCUUUGGAUACUGAUUGUCGGGCGGUGUUUUGUCAGUAAAGGAAUUGAUAGAAGCAGAGUGUAGAAGCAAAGAGUAGUAGUGCAUGUUUCUUUAGUUUGCUGUAUAAAAGUAGAGUAGCAGUGCAGGUCUUUGCUUGUUGUAGACUGUAAAUGAUCAAGAUGUGUAAACCCUGUUUUGGGGUACACAUAGAGCUCAAUAAACUUUUUUGAUAUUG